ACGUGAAACAGCAACAGGAAGUUGGUCGCCGCGUUGGUGACAUUCACCGUGAGGUCUGUGUGUAUCGUGUAAAUGCGUGAUCAAAUGUGAUUGUUGAUAUGUUGCAAGGGAGAUUUUUAUCAUAAUUCGAGAAAUUCAGCGCAGCCGGACAGAUGAGCGUGCGUGCUUUGUGGAUUAUUUCUCACGAGAAGGGAGAAAAUGUGUCGAUACGCUUUUCAAGAAGGUUCUCCACCGUGGAGCACCGUGCGAAGUGCCUGGCAGGUCCCUCUCAUGUAGCAGUCCCCGAGGAGAGCACUGUGCUGCAGCUCCUGCUCACUGAGCUGGGCCUUUCAGACUCAGACAAGUCCUACGUGGCUCUCAGGGAUGAUUGCCUGCACCGCCAGCGGUCACCAGCGCUGGAGCUGCAUGUGGAUGGUCCUGGAAAGGGAAUACUUUGGCCGGUGUUGGCCAUCUCACAAGGGCCUCUUAUCCUGGCUUGCCUGUGUUUAGUGGACGCCCCUCCUGAGCCACGGCCACCCCUGGCAAACCUGCUGUCUGUCUCACAGGGCCUCACACUCCUGGCAGGCCUGCAGAAUUUUCUCCUUGGCUCGGGGAACAAGCCUGAUAGUGAGGCGCUGGCCUCCCGCCUGGCGACGCUGCCCUCUGUGCUCCUGCAGGUUUGUCCACUUGGCACACCCCUGGAUGUGCCGUUACUGGGGCCACCUGCUACGCCCACGGUGCCCACACCUGCUGGGAACCAGAAGCAGCCGGCCUGGAAGACGGGGCUCCACCGAGGUCGGGCUGUUGUGAACGUGGCGCUGAAGGAAACCGUACGCUCCAUGCAGUAUGGUAGUCAGAGCAGACAGGACCUCUGGGAUGUUUACGGCACAGUGACGUGCAAAUGUGAAGUGGAGGGGGUGCUCCCAAAUGUGACGGUGACGCUCACACUCCCACCAAACGGUUCUCCACUGCAGGACAUCCUGGUCCAUCCCUGCGUCACCUCACUGGAUUCUAGUAUCCUGACUGCCAGCAGCGUCGACAACUCUGAUGGCUCAGCUUUCUCUGGGCCGUAUAAGUUCCCCUUCUCUCCCCCUCUGGAGCCGUUUAGACUAUGCAGUUACACAUCUCAGGUUCCUGUUCCCCCUAUCCUUGGAUCCUAUGAACUGAGGGAAGAAGAGAACCAGCUGCGCGUGUCAGUAAACCUCAAACUUCAUGAAAGUGUCAAGAAUAGCUUUGAGUUCUGUGAAGCACACCUGCCAUUCUUUAACAGGGAUCAGAUGGGUGCUGUGGAUGUGAAGGUGAGCUCCGGACAACUGGAUGUCUCAAAGGAAAAUAACCUGCUGGUCUGGACCCUGGGACAGAAGUUCCCUAAAUCUCGUGAGGUCACUCUGGAGGGCAGGAUCACCUUUUCUGGGCCCACACCAGGACCGACUGACCCCCUCUGCACAGAACUUACAGCCUACAUCAAAUUGUACUUCAAGGUGCCUGACAUAACGCUCUCUGGCUGCUGUGUGGACCAGCAUUCAGUGCAGGUUUAUUCCUCUGCCAAAUCAAGAAUUGUAACAUCCCGAGAACUUCAAUCCAAAGAGUACUUUAUAUGGAAUUCAACAGGUACUGCUCCGGUGUCCUCUGGGCAGAUGAUGCUGUAGCAUGGAUCCAUAAAGAGGAGUUUGGUGAAAAGCUGCGCGGUUCACUGUCUUUAAUAGGACCAAGGACUCAGGACUAAGGUCAAGAAUAUUCAGUGAUCCAGACUGGAUAUGUGACCCCAUUAAAUUCAUUUGUUACAGUCUUGUUGUUGCUGCAAUGUUCACAAAUAAUAGAAAAUUGAGAGAGACGUCAAAAUUAAUUGUCAAUUUUACAUGUUAUUUAAUAUUCAUAUGUAAAUGACACAAUCAUUUUGCUUUCACUCAGGAAAGGUCAGUGUGCAAACUAUGACUGGCAGAAGAAUAUAUUUUGCCGAUGGGUGAUCACUACUUAAAAAAAAAAAUGUCUGCCCUUGUGCCCCUGUCUUUUAUCCUGCAACCUUCACCCUCCCUCAAAUUUGUCCCAUUGCAGACACAAGGGCCACCCCUCGUUCUGACAGUCCCACUUCAGUGGCUCUCCAUCAGCCGGAUAAUUAGCGGCUGGGACCUUGUCAUCAGCUGUUGUGGGCCUGGAGGAGACGGGCGGCUGGGCUGUGAAAGGCCAGGCUGCUCUGGCCAGUGUGUUGGCUACAAAAGGCUCCUCUUUUAGAGCUGGCAGGAGUCCUUACCGCUACCAAUCACUCACCCCCACCUCCUUUGACCCCCCCGUCCCCGCCCUGUCAACUAGUGGUUAGUUCAAACACACAACCUCUCCAACCAGACUAUGAUUGAGCGCUGACCCUCUGGCCCUCUGAGAUUUUAAAAGCAGCCGGUCCCAUUCAGCGAGCAGGACCUGCCUAAUUGGUGAAAAAGUCACAAGGGCGGUAAUGGUCGGGACGCCUUUUGAGGUUUCAGAGGUGUUUUAACUCAAUUAAUGUAGAACAUCAAGUAUUUGAUUUUUGAUCUUUAUUGUUACAACACAAUUGUCAGGGGAUAUCUCCAUUUAUCUCAAAUAUACAGAAGUUAUUUGGAGACGUGCUUUUUCAAAGUUAACGAUUAUUUUACCUGAGCUAUGAUGACUUAAAUGUAUAAUAAUGGAUAACCAGUCGAUGAAGGGUUAAAUCAGAGGCCCACUCCUCAGCAGCCAGACUCCUCUGAGUGCCCUCAUUGUGUGCUGUUGGCCUCUUGUGCCCCUCGCUGGUCCAAAUGCUACAUUCUCACGUGGAUUUCCACUCAGAAGGCUGACCAUGACCAAUCCUCUGUCAAUUGGAACCAAUUGCUCACACGGCAUCCUUCACCUUCUUUUUAUGUAGCGGUGCGGAGUGGCAGACACCAAGACCUCUCGGCUCUCCCCUCCACGAUGAUUUGGCUUUAAGGCCCAGUGUGUAUGGCUAGCGAACUGGAAAAGGAGACGUUUUUUUUUAUUUUUUACGAGUCGGGCCACUCUAAAUCUCCUCGGUGUCCCAAUAUGUGGUCAGUCUGGCUCCUCAUGUCUGCAGUCACCGGCCUCUCGCUGGCAGACUUUGCUUUGUUGAUUGAAUGGUUUGCUGAGGAGAUGGACUUGUUUUAAUGUGCUGCCGUGGUCCAUUGCCUUCUGCUCACACGUUUGGGCUAUAAACCUGUUCUGCUUUUCUGAAUCAAUAACAUAUUUCAUCAUUGUUUACUCUUGAAUAAAUGCAAACAUUGAAGAGA